AUGGCCGCUGCGAGCUCCAGCAGGGCCAGGGCUGGGCCACCCUGCGAGAAGUCCCAGCUCUCUGUGAAAGUCGUGUCUGUGAAGCCCAAGGUGCACAGCCGCCCAUCGCGGAUGAACUGCUACGUGGAGGUGGCGGGCGACGGGCUGCCCAGCGAGACCAAGAAGACGGGGAAGCAGAUCGGGAGCUCUGAGCUGCUGUGGAACGAGAUCCUCAUCCUGACUGUCACAGCUCAGAGCCACUUGGACCUGAAGGUGUGGAGUUGUCAUACCCUGAGGAACGAGCUCGUGGGGAAGGGGUCAGUGUAGCUGUGGCCUUUGCUCCGACGGGGAGAGCGGUUGGAGAACAGGCAGCUGACCCUGGACCUCCAGACGGAGAACAAAGGCAGUGUUGUCUCCGGCGGAGAGCUGACGAUUUUCCUGGACGGGCCUGCUGUUGAUCUGGGAACCCUGCCUAAUGGCAGUGCCGUGACAGAGGGUGAGUGCCGCCCGUCUCCGCAUGCAUGCGGAGGCUCUGAGCACGAGGGGGAGAGGAGUGGUGCUGAGAGCACGGCCCCCGGCACCUCUGGGCAAGCGUCCGAGUGCCAGCAGCCGCCUCCUCUCCCAGGGUCCCAGGUGCCGGGACGGGCCCCCAGCAGCGUGGCUGCCGCCACGGAGAGCAGACACCAGCCUCCCAGUACAAACUGCUUUGGAAGCAGACCAAGGACGCACCGACAUGCGGCUGGAGUGGCCAGGCAAAACACGGGGAGCGGAGAGCAAAGUCCCAGUGCCAGGAGCCGGCACCGGCAGCAGGCCAAGAGCUCGCAGCAUGCCAGCAUGGCCAACGGCACGGCCAACGGCACAGUGAACGGAGAUGUAGUGGGUGCUGCAGACAUUGAAGAGGAAAGGCCGACAGCAGGAGCGAGUGUAGCGACCCCGGCGUCGUCGAGCGCGGCUGACAGCUCUGCUGCUCCUGCCCUUCCUGCCCUGACCAGCUCUGGAGAGGCAGAGGAAGCAGCCUCUGGUUCCAGCGCCCCACCGGCCCGGGCAGCAAUGCUGGCCCUGGAUGCUCUGCCCCCCGGGUGGGAACAGCGAGAGCUGCCUAAUGGUAGAGUCUACUAUGUAGACCAUAACAACAAGACCACCACGUGGGAAAGACCUCUUCCUCCAGGGUGGGAGAAACGCGUGGAUCCUCGAGGCAGGUAUUACUAUGUGGACCACAACACCCGGACCACCACGUGGCAGCGCCCCACGGCCGAGUACGUCAGGAACUAUGAGCAGUGGCAGUCCCAGCGAAACCAGCUCCAAGGAGCCAUGCAGCAGUUCAGCCAAAGAUUCCUGUACCAGUCAUCUGGCGCUCCGUCCGACAAUGAUCCUCUCGGUCCUCUUCCUCCUGGCUGGGAGAAGAGACAGGACAAUGGGCGAGUGUAUUACGUGAACCACAACACACGGACCACCCAGUGGGAAGACCCUCGCACACAAGGGAUGAUCCAGGAGCCGCCGCUGCCUCCCGGCUGGGAGAUGAAGUACACAAACGAGGGUGUGCGCUACUUCGUGGACCACAACACUCGCACCACUACCUUCAAGGACCCACGCCCUGGAUUUGAGUCUGGGAGCAAGCAGGGUGGCUCCCCAGGGGCGUACGACCGAAGCUUUCGCUGGAAGUACCACCAGUUCCGCUUCCUCUGCCACUCGAACGCGUUGCCCAGCCACGUGAAGAUCAGUGUUUCCCGACAGACGCUCUUUGAGGAUUCCUUCCAGCAGAUCAUGAACAUGAAGCCGUACGACCUGCGGCGCCGUCUGUACAUCAUCAUGCGAGGAGAGGAGGGCCUGGACUAUGGUGGCAUCGCUAGGGAGUGGUUCUUCCUACUGUCUCAUGAGGUGCUCAACCCCAUGUACUGCCUCUUUGAAUAUGCUGGCAAGAACAACUACUGCCUGCAGAUCAACCCUGCUUCCUCCAUCAACCCCGACCACCUCACCUACUUCCGCUUCAUCGGCCGCUUCAUUGCCAUGGCUCUGUAUCAUGGGAAGUUCAUCGAUACCGGCUUCACAUUACCCUUCUACAAGCGGAUGCUGAACAAGCGGCCCACGCUGAAGGACCUGGAAUCCAUCGACCCCGAGUUUUACAACUCCAUCGUCUGGACCAAGGAGAACAGCCUGGAGGAGUGCGGCCUGGAGCUGUACUUCAUCCAGGACAUGGAGAUCUUGGGCAAGGUGACCACCCAUGAGCUGAAGGAGGGCGGCGAGAGCAUCCGGGUGACAGAGGAGAACAAGGAGGAGUAUAUCAUGCUGCUGACGGACUGGAGGUUCACACGGGGCGUGGAGGAGCAGACCAAGGCUUUCCUGGACGGAUUCAACGAGGUGGUGCCGCUGGAGUGGCUGCGGUACUUUGACGAGAAGGAGCUGGAGCUGAUGCUGUGCGGGAUGCAGGAGAUCGACAUGAACGAUUGGCAGAAGAACACCAUCUACCGGCACUACACCAAGAACAGCAAACAGAUCCAGUGGUUCUGGCAGGUGGUUAAAGAGAUGGACAACGAGAAGAGGAUCCGGCUGUUGCAGUUUGUGACGGGGACCUGUCGUCUGCCCGUCGGGGGGUUCGCGGAGCUCAUUGGCAGCAACGGGCCCCAGAAAUUCUGCAUCGAUAAAGUUGGCAAAGAGACAUGGCUGCCUCGGAGCCAUACAUGCUUUAACCGUCUGGAUCUCCCUCCCUACAAGAGCUACGAACAGCUGAAGGAGAAGCUGCUUUAUGCGAUUGAGGAGACGGAAGGAUUUGGACAGGAGUGAUGGAGCUUUGGUGCUUUCCCAGGGUGGGGAGGGCCCUGGACCGCUGCCGGCCAUGAGCCCUCUCCGCAGGAUGGUGCGCGGGCAGCUGCGGACGCUGUUGCUCUUGUUCCUGCGCAAGACCUGCACUAACGCAGCCCUGGGGGAAACGGGUCUGUGUUUCCCUCCCCAA